AAUGGCUACAAGUGUCCCGACUGUGCCUGGACAAAACUCACUGCAGCGGCUGAACGCGGUCCCGUGAAGACCGAGAGAGACAUUGUUCUUUUCCCGACCGUCCGUGUGGGAAUUAAACCCGCAUUUUCAGGGCGUUGGAUUAUAAAGGAAUACCCGCGCCUUACCCAAACCCAUUCAGGGCGCUAUCUUUGAAGUGGAUGACAGUUCACAGAAAGAACAUCAACGUCUACGUCCUCCACUGGUGUGCUAUGGCCCCUGAGUUGAACAGUCUCAGCACCAGCGCCUCGUAACACUCAAGCAGAUCUCAGUAAACGCUGGGGUGGUUUGAGCUGUACACUUCUGCAGCAAGGAUGAUCACGUCCCAUAUGAACGGUUAUGUGCAAGAGGCCUCUGGUCAGGCCAAGAGCCACAGGGAGAGGGCUGUGGACUGUCCAGGGGAGGAAAGUAGCCUCGUCAAAUCUCCACACUGCAGUGCCCACAUGGAGAGGAUCCAGCACUACCAGGAGGAGCUGAGGAAGAGGAGAGAGGAAGACAGCAGGGGGAAGCACGACAUCGACCCCAACGCUUCACUGAGGCUCAAGAAGCUGUCACAGAACCCCAAAGUGGGGAUUGACAAUCCCACCUUCGAGGGAAAGGAGAAGGCCACCAAAGACGCAUGCUCCCAGGACCCUGUAGCCGAACUGGAGGAGCUGCUGCAGGCUCUGAAGUGGAUGCAGCAAUGUCUGACUGAUGCACAGAGCCAGCAGGAUGUGGAGCUGAUAAUGCAGCUCCUUGCUAAGGAGGACUUCAGAAAUGCCUACACCAUCUACAGCGCUGUUGCCCAGCAGAUGAACAGAGUCAGCCCCACCUCACCCCUCACAGCACAGGCACAGGAUCUGUGCCAGGAGGUACAGAGGAUUCUCCAGUCCAGCCAACAGAAGGAGGGUUUGGAGCUCAGGACUCUGCUCACAAAUCCUCAUCUCCAGGCACUGAUGCAGGUCCAUGACAGUGUGGCAGUGCAGGAAAUGGCAGAGGAAAAUGUGACCCAGUACCUUGGAGAGACGGUUAAACUGGUGCGGCUAGAGAAGACCCGUGACACUCCGCUGGGUGCGACGGUACGUAACGACAUGGACAGCGUGGUGGUGAGUCGUGUGGUGAAAGGCGGAGCGGCGGAGCGGAGCGGCCUCCUCAGUGAGGGAGACGAGAUCCUGGAGAUCAACGGGAUUUCUAUACGUGGGAAACAUGUCAAUGAAGUCCACGACUUACUGCAACAAAUGCACGGCACUCUGACCUUCCUCCUCAUCCCAAGCUCUCAGAUUAAACCUGCCCCACACAGACAGACUGUGAUGCACGUACGAGCUUACUUUGACUACGAUCCCUCUGAUGAUCCCUUCGUGCCAUGUCGGGAGCUGGGCCUGUCCUUCCAGAAGGGAGACAUCCUCCAUGUCAUCAGCCAGGACGACCCCAACUGGUGGCAGGCCUACAGGGACGGAGACGAGGACAACCAGCCCUUGGCUGGACUCAUUCCAGGGAAAAGCUUCCAGCAGCAGAGAGAGUCCUUGAAGAAAACUAUAACUGACAGGAGUCGAGAGCACCAAGGGAAACUUUGGUAUUCAAAGAAGAACAAGAAACAGAGGAAGAAGAGCACAUCAAACUUGAGCAAAAAUACUGACUACGAUGACAUCCUGACCUAUGAGGAGAUGUCCCUUUAUCACCAGCCUGCCAAUCGUAAACGCCCCAUAGCUCUGAUUGGUCCCACGAACAGCGGUCACGAUGAGGUGCGUCGGAGGCUCCUCUCCAUCGAACCAGAGAAGUUUGCUGUUGCGGUGCCACACACAACCAGGAACCCAAGGAUACAUGAACGAAAUGGGCGUGAGUACCAUUUUGUGAGUCGGUCUGCCUUUGAAACAGACUUGGCAGCAGGGAAGUUUAUUGAGUCAGGAGAAUAUGAGAAGAACCUGUACGGGACCAGCACCGACUCAGUCCGACACGUUGUCAACUCUGGACGCAUCUGUUUGCUCUGUCUGCACACGAGGUCACUGCGAGUGUUGAGAUCCUCCAACCUCAAGCCAUAUGUCAUCUUCAUCGCUCCUCCUUCUCAGGAACGACUACGCACCCUGCUGGCCACAGCGGGGAAAACACCAAAGCCAGAGGAGCUGAAGGAGGUCAUUGAAAAGGCCCGUGAGAUGGAGCACAAUUUCGGUCACUUCUUUGAUGCGACCAUCGUGAACAUGGAUCCGGACCAGGCUUUCCACGAGCUGCGCAGGCUGAUAGACAAGCUGGACACUGAGCCACAGUGGGUGCCCACCUCCUGGCUGUGCUAGAGGUCACAGGCUGUCAACGCACAAAGUCUCAGGGUGGACAGAGGUAAACGGGCGAGCAAACAUUUAUGUUGCUGGAGAUUGAAAACUGAAGGACAGACAGUGGUGAAUUGUCUGCGGAUUUUCACUUGCACGCAUCCUCGUUUGUAGAGGAGGUGGUUGGUACCACAUGUUGCAGGGACGGACUCAAGAUUCUUACAUUUCUUUUUGUUUGUGUGUGUGUCUUUUUGUUUUUUGUUAAUUUUCUUGAUCUCACAGUUUUAUGCAAAGUCAUUUAUCAACCAAAUAGAACUAUUUCCUAUUCUUAAUAGCUAUUUAUAAUUGUAAAUAUAUAUUUUCUAGACAAAAUAUUUUAUUGUUACGUUUUGUGUGUGUGACAUCUAAAACAGUACAGAGUGCUGAUGUCACAAUGAUUGAAUGGCUUCCUGUCAAUGCAGUAAGCCAAAAUUUGUUAAUGUACCAAACAGAAGAGAAGCUAAAAGUGGCAGCAGUGUAACGUCUUCCAUUCAUAGACACUAAGGCAAAAUCUGCUGUAACCUGCACAGUUGUUGGGUACUUUCUUCACCAAUGUCAGUAUUAGUUUGUGUUGUCUCAUGUCUCAUUUACGCUGUGAUUUAAACAGACCUUAAAUCUAAGGUUUUGUCUCUAGCUGGUAUCAUUACUGUCAGUAUAUCAUACUGAAAAGUACUGCUGAGAUUGUUUUGGGUUUUUUUUUUUUUUUUACCAGUGUUGUAAGAACAAAACAUAUCACUUAGUGAACAGUAACUCCAACAAAUACUGUAUUGCAUCUUUGCAGGAUACUUAUUUAAUUAUAAGCACAAUUCUUGAAAAGUGUUAAUAAAAUAAGAUUCAUAUGUGAACAAUU